UGUCACGCUGACAGCUCAUGAGGAGAGGAGAGCCGGUAAUCGGCUUUCCGCGGAGGGGACAUGUACCCUGAUGAUCAGUGUGAUGUCAGCUCCAGAAGUUCCACCUGUCAGUGUCCAUUGUGUCAGUGCUCAUCAGUGCCUCGUGCCAGUGCCCAUCAGUGCCACAUAUCAGUGCUACCAGUGCACAUCAAUGCCACAUAUCAGUGCCCAUCUGAGCUGCCUUUCAGUGUCACCCAUCAGUGCCAGUCAGUGCCACCUAUCAAUGCCAAUCAGUGCCACCUAUCAGUGCCAUGCCACCUACCAGUGCCUCCUCAUCAGUGUCCAUCAGUGCAGCCUAUCAGUGCCCAUCACUGUAGCCUCAUUAGCGCACAUCAGUGAAGGAGAAAAAUCACUUAUUUACAAAAUGUUAUAA